UGUAACUAACUACCCACCCUUGUCAUCUUAGACUCUUUACUGUUACACUUUACAGUUACGAAAAUAGCCCUAACUACGGUGCUCCGCUUCACUCCGACGACUACCACCGAAGCCACCUCCACUCCCAUCCCAUCUUCUAAUCCUUUGACGACGAUUAGUUUGUGUAUAUAUGGAUUCAACAGCAAAUUGGUUUGGAGGGUCUGAGAGCCUAGUGGCAUUGGCCCAACAGCUCUGUCACUACAAGGCACCGCGAAUGCCCUUUGAUGAUGAUUCAGAGGAGGCCACCUCUGAAGAGAGUGCAGGAAAGGUCGUGUCCCAAGUGGGUGUCGUGGAAUCGGCUACCCCAAUUAGCCGAAACCCACAAAGAUUCAAACAAAAGAGAGCAGCUGUCUUAAUCUGUCUUUUCCAAGGAGAUGCUGGGGAUCUGAGAGUAAUUCUCACAAAGCGGUCCUCCACUCUGUCUACUCACUCGGGUGAAAUUGCUUUGCCAGGGGGUAAAGCAGAGGAGGGUGAUAAGGAUGAUGGUGACACAGCUACGAGGGAGGCACAUGAGGAAAUUGGUUUGGAUCCAUCACUUGUCAAUGUUGUGACGGUUCUUGAACCAUUCCUUUCCAAGCAUCUUCUUAGAGUAGUUCCAGUCAUUGGCAUACUUAAUGACAAGGAAUCAUUCAAGCCUGCUCCUAAUCCUGAUGAAGUAGAAACUGUAUUUGAUGCCCCAUUGGAAAUGUUUAUUAAGGAUGAGAACAGAAGAGUAGAAGAAAGAGAGUGGAUGGGGAACAAGUACCUUAUUCAUUUCUUUGACUAUGAAACAGAGAAUAACAAGUUCAUGAUAUGGGGUUUGACUGCUGGGAUCUUGAUUAAAGCAGCAUCAGUUGUAUACCAACGGCCACCGCCUUUUCCAGCGCAAAAUCCUAUCUUUAAAAUUCUUCGAAAUGUAGAAAAAGAUACUGCAUUGCCCUAAUUAUAAGAAAAAAGAAAAAUUCUUUUGGAGUGUAAUAAUGUGACAGUGUGUUACUUCACCUAAUAGAUUUGAUUCUUGUGGCAAA